ACGGUAUAAUAUUGCAGCAAGCUGCUGUGUUGUUAUUCCCAUCUUGACUUUGCUGUCUUUUCUCCUUUUUCUUCUCCAGUUUUGCCCUUCUCCUAUUCUUGGUCCUCGCAAGUGCGCCAAUCACGCUUUUCUUUCUUGGGAGCGAGCUGCCAAGGCAUGCCGCCAGUCCCUACCUUGGCCGAUACACGCAGUUUACGACACAUAGACCAAACCAACCUAUCAUGAGAAUAUUGAGCGAUGUGCGCCAUGCUACCCCAGCAAGCGCGCCACGGCAAGCGCGCCACUACUCUACCCUGAUACUCGUUGCCUUUUAUAUACCUGUUACCGUUGUGCCGUGGGCCGCCAGCUGCGUCCUUAGCACGAGGCCCAUCACACCCGGCGCUGCGACCUACGAGGACUCCCGGGGCCGCCUCUCCCCUUCGGAUCUGGCCUCUGUCGGCAUCUGGAUGACGGCUAUCCGCGCCCUCGAUACGAUAGCCGCCGUCCUCGCCAUCCCAGUCGUGUCAGCCGUGCUGUCCCAUGCCGCCGUCGUGGUUGCCCAACGCAGGAGCGCCACACAAAACCUCAACGUCCGCCAGCUUCUCUCGCUGGCCGACGGGCCUUGGACUAGGCUAAAAAGAAACUACUCGACAAAACUGUCUGCGCUGGGGCUUGCUCUUGUGAUCCACAGCAUUGUCUUGCCCUUCACUCGGGCUAUCCUAGCUGCUCCAGAGGUCAUCACUGUUGCUUCGUGUCUCGAAGACCCCUCCCUACAGUUCACAGGGCCGGGCUGUGACGCUGCCGUGCCUCGCGCUUACGCCCUCGCCGGCUUUGACCCUGAGCCCGCCGACAUUGAUCGUCUCCCCCGGGAUUUGGCGGCAGCACGUAUCGCAAGCAGGCUCGCAAGCGAGAGCAGGACGCAACCACAACUGCACUUAUGGAAGGAGGGAUCGCAAGAAGCUUCAUCUUCUAUCGCCGACCUCGCCUCUCGCGGCUCUGGGAGUCCAUUUUUUGUGUCCUCCAUUCCGGCCGGCACCAACACGGGCGUCGUGCGUCAACACGCCAUGAGGCUCGAUUCAAAAGUCAAAUGUUCGCUCGUUGGGGUGGGGGAAUAUCCGGAGAAUUGUCCUGGCGAUCAGCCGCUGGUAGGAGCCCUAGGAAAUGGUGAUGGAACAGUCAAGUUCUGUGUGCCGGGGGCGCAGGGUGCUGCCGCCUGGACCCUCAGCCGAAACUCCCAGAAAAUACAGGAGCACGUUUUCCUAGCCAGUUGGGCUGGGCCGAACAUGGGAGAUUCCACGGCGCAGUCACCGCGCGCCAACUUCACUGCGAGGUGCGACGCCGAGACGACAAGGGGUUAUUUUGAACUCCCGAACAAAUACAACGGCGCUCGCCCCGGCCCGCUCCUUGCCAGAUGGCCCAGCGCUGCCGAACUUCAGGAGCAAGGGUCUGGUGAUCGGCUGCCUAACGGCGCCGUCCCCGUCGAGACUGACUCUGCUGAAGCAUCUGGCCCAUCCCGGCCGCCAUUCCCAGCCGUGUCGUCUCCUUUUGGAACUAGCAACCUCCGCACGCCAGGUCCGCUGAUGAGUACAUUCCUCUCGGCUCUUGGCGAUGGCUCUUUUUUGCACCUCGCAAAUGAGACCUGGGUGACAGGCCAAGGCCGGGCUGUGCUGAGAGGCAUCUGCUCGCGCGGCCUUCCUUUCGCCUCUCUCUGGCCUUCUCAGGGCCCGCCAGUUACCGAAUGUGACGCCGUGGUAGGCGUCUCUGACGGUGCCGCCAAUGAGCUCAUCUUGCGCCUUGUCCUCGACUGGUUCGCCAGGUUCGACCCGGCCACGGAGCAGGGACGCAGCAACGCCGAAGCCACGAUCUCUGCAGGCAUGUACCUCGCCAACGAGGCCAUGCUGGUCUUGACCGCCGAGGCAAUGCGGGGCAAGGCUGGUCAGGCAAGCGAUACAGCUGCCGUGGGCUCACGUCGCGUAUACAGCGCCCAAGGCACCGCCAUCGUCAAGCCUCGAGACAUCGGCCUCCCUGCUCAGGCCAUCGUGUCUUUGCUUCUCGCUCUGCAGCUGGCGGUGCUGCUUGCGCUCGCGGCAGUCGCGUCCUGCUCACGGACUACCAGCGACAGGCUGGAUGCGGCGAUGAUGCUUCUGGCUGGGGCUUGCUUACGCGACGAGCUGCUGAGCGAGCCCGCUGCUCAUUCCGUCUCUGCGUCGAAGCUAGGGGAUGUGGACGCCAGCGCCGCAUUGAGACUUGGUGGUGACCGCGGCCGCCAUGGGGAUUUGGUUGAGGAGGACGACGGCUUCCUGCUCGCGCCCCCCGAAAACGACCGCCAUACGAUGCACCCAUCCCGCAGCCAGACGCCGUCGCCGCCCCCACCGUCACACGCAGGCCCUUACAAGGCAUACAUGGCGCCACCGAGCAGCAGCAGUAUGCUACCAACUGUUGAGCAGGUGUUAUCGGCGCGGCCAACGACUUCACGAGACCCUUCGCCGCUCGGGCGCCGGGCCUCGGUGCAUCUGCAGUGGAUCCGGCACGGAGAAGAGGCAGUGGCCACCGAGGCACCGGUUCCCUUGGGACGCACGCAAGCGCCGUCUGCGGGUGAGGCGGGCGGGGUGACGCCGCCGCCGACGGGCUACCAUCAUCACAUGGAGGGACGCAAGUCCCCGACACGGGGGCCAUAUGCCUUCCACAUGCCGGGUUCUUCCAGACAUGUAGAACCAAGCAUCGAAGACGGUGCGGAGCAGGAGGGGGUGCCACGAGAACCUCCACCGCGGAGUCCCAAGAGGAACCGAGCAGCAUCAAACCCGGGCACGACGCCAGGCCCGUUGCAGCUUCCGUCCAUGGACGCGGUGAGCCCCAUGUCGGAUGAUGGGAAUGCGAAAAGGUUUUAGAAUAUCACAAAUUACACAAUGACUAUUUCUUUCACA